GGGGGAAUAACUCUGAUCGAUAAACUUUGAGCUCCUGACAACGCUUACAACGGAAGUUUGUCAGAGUACUGAGAAUGGAGGAUCAGCAGACGAAUCCAGAACUGGGAGAACUGGACCCAUCAGCCAUGAGCUGUGUAAAGCCGGCACCACAGCAGUGUCUGACGACCAAGGUGGACGCCCUCAGUGACGUCACACGGGAGUCACUCCAUUCCAGCGCUCAGAAAGUUGUGGAUGAUCUCAACUCCAAGAGAAAACAAGACACACAACUACUUUCCAACUUCAAGAAGGCCCUAAAUGAGCAGAUGGAAAGUGCUUGUAAUCGCCUGGAGCAACACAUGUUCUUAGGAUAUGAGAAGAGUGGAGGCCUCAUUCAAGAGAAGUUACAGAAACUCUACCUGUGUCUGGACCGUAUUGAGAAGAUUGAAUCUGAGCUACAUGAAUUCAAAGAAGCCCUGAAGAUUCUGUAUCAAGAUAUGCAUUCUUAAAAAAAGUAUCGGACUUUUGUGACAUGUUAUUUUCAUACUAACCCUAAUGACCAAAGAUGGAAUCUGUAUCAGGAAAAGCAUUGUUUGAAGAAACACAUAUAUUUGCUCAUUGUUAUUAAAGCAAUAUUUUAUUAUGUUACAAAAUUAUUAAACCUAUUGUUAUGAUUAUAUGUGUUGUAGGUUUGUGGUGUCAACUGUCAAAACCAGAAGGAUAAUGGUAUGUAAGCCAGAAAGCCUAGAAAUCUUUCAAACAAAACAAAUGUUACAAGUUACAUAGAUUCGGAUGCAAUCAUCAGUUACCUGAGGAUUCUCCCCUUCCCCUUACAACAACCUCGCUUUUAUUUUCGAACACUGAAUAAAUGAAGCCUUGAA